GGAGAAGAUCGAAGAAUUGGAAUUUUCGUUGAAACUCUCUUAAACACGGAGGUCUCUGGUUUCGGGAUUUAAGUUGUUAAUAUUUUUGUCGAUCUGCUAAGGAAGAAGGAAGUAGAAAGAUUCGAGUUUUGCUCAAUACGAAAGUCAAUUCUCCUUUGAUUUGGUCGGCGAUUUCUUGAAACGAUGUUCAAUUUCUGGGGAUCAAAAGAACAACAACAAGGGACAUCUCGUCCUCCGGAAGCUUCUUCACAAUCGCCAUGGUACUCACCUUCUUUAGUCAGCUCGCCAAGCUCAUCCCGGCCUCAAACUUCAGGUCAGAUUCCAGCAAAUGUGUCGCCUGGGGAAGCAGCUGGCAUUAUUGCCUUCUUGAAAGAUAAAAGCGUGGACGAGCUUAGGAAGCUUCUCUCUGACAAAGAUGCGUAUCAGCAAUUUCUGCUUUCACUUGACCAGGUCAAAAUACAGAACAAUAUAAAAGAGGAGCUCCGCAGAGAAACAUUGCAGAUAGCUAGAGAGAACUUGGAGAAGGAGCCACAGAUAAUGGAGCUCAGGAACCAAUGCAGAAUUAUCCGUACAACUGAGCUCGCAGCCGCGCAAGAAAAGCUUAAUGAGCUUGAGAGGCAAAAAGAAGAGAUCCUCAAAUUCUACUCCCCUGGUUCUCUUCUUCAUAAACUCCAAGAGGCUAUGAAUCAGGUGGAUGAAGAAUCUGAAGCGCUGCAAGAGAAAUUCCUAGAGAAGGAGAUUGAUACAGCAGCAUUUGUACAGAAAUUCAAGAAGCUGCGAACUACAUAUCAUCGAAGAGCAUUGAUUCACCUUGCUGCUAAAACCUCAAAUAUCUGAAUUAAUAAGCCUUGCACAUUGAACUCAUCACAAACCAAAGUCUUGGUUUUGUGUCUUAUGACUCCUUAUCCGAUGUUGUAAAAGUGAUUGACAUUGACAUCAAAAUUAUGUUUGUUUUUUCCUUUAUAAAAAACUACAAAGUCUGAAAA